UUUAUCUCAGGCGACAAUCAUGCAUUCAAAAGCAUUAACACGAGAAACAGUGCUCUUUUCUGCUUUAGAUUUGGAUAAAUGGUACGAGCAACGCGUCAUCGAGCCUACUUUGGCAUCUUUGGAAGAAUUUCAAGAACGUGAUAGUGGGUGGGCACUGCUGCGCAUACUUGAUCUCACAGUCAAUGUGAACAAACACAAUCCACUGCAUGCAGGGUGCAACAUUGAGUUGCCUCGCGAAAUAAAAUUAAAGAAAGCCGUAAUAAACGUACGAACUAAAGACAACGCAUGUUUUGCAUGGUCCGUGGUCGCGGCAUUAUAUCCAGCUGCAAGACAUGGAGACCGGGAAUCUUCGUACCCACAUUACACCAAAAUAUUCAAUCUUCAGGAUAUUGAAUUUCCAAUGACGAUUAAACAAAUUACCAAGUUUGAACAGCUAAACAACAUAUCCAUCAACGUAUACACCAUUCAAGAUAAAAAGAAGCAAGAAAAAGCAUGUACGAUCGUUCCGAUACGUCUCGCCAGUAAGAAGGAAAAGCAUGUAAAUUUGUUAUAUGUACAAGAUCCACAAGAGUGCAACAUGGGACAUUUCGUGUGGAUCAAGAAUUUGUCACGUCUUGUGGAUAUGCAGCUAAGUAAGAAAAAAUGCAAGAAGUAUAUAUGCGAUCGGUAAGGAGAUAUUCACCAUAAAUACAAUAUAACAAAUAUGAAA